ACACACGUACGAAAAGCGUCAUUCUUAUAGUACUUAGGCGUCUAUAUAAACGGACUCUCCCAGAAGAAAUGUUCAAAUCAACUGUGACAUAACCAACCGCGGGGAUUUCAGCUCUCUAGUUAUUAUGCAAACCAUCUGUAUUUUCCUGGGUGUGAUCGUGUCAUGUUUUGCCGCCACUACCCAUCGACCCCCUCACACCACGCAUGCGCACACAAAUCACACCACGCAUGCGCACACAAAUCUCCCCAUCGAGCCAUGGGAAAUCCACACGAUCAUCUUCCAGUUUCAGCCACUCACAUUUCACCUUCUAGCGAUGACUCCAACGGAUAGAGCUACCAAGACCUCCAAGUGCUUCAUCGCCACCAUCUCCGACUCCGAGCAUGCACAGAUCCACACCGACGCCGGCAUGAGGGCCGUCGAGCUGAGAAUCCUGGCCGCUCUCGGAAGCGCCACGGCCGUCACCGACGUCAGCACGCUGGACACACGUGACGUCACUACCUGUACCUCGCACACAAUAUUUCUGCCUUUACUGCGUUACUUUACCAUCACCGUCUAAGUCGCAUUCGCAUUUAUCUUAUCAUGUAAAAUAACUUAACAUAAAUGCACAUCUAAAAUCGUGUAUGUGUAUGCAUUAUUUUGCUUCAGUCAGUGAAAAAAGAGACCGUUAAAACUUCAAGUAACUAUAUGUGAUUGCAAAACAGUUAUUUUAUCAAUAUUUGCUUCAGAAGUAUACAGUAAUUAAAUGGCGAAUAAACAAAGAACAUGUA